GAAUGAGAGUGUACAAUACGAAAAGAGUCCAAGCGAGCGACGCGGUAGGACGUUUCCGAACGCCUUAUUUUGGCGCGAAUUAAAAAAGUUAACGUCAAAAUGUUUCGCGCGCUUUUCUUUUUCUUUUUUUUCUGGACGUCAGCAAAGGCAUUUACAGUUGACGAGGAGUGUUUGAACUAUACGAUUUAUCCAGUGCAAUACGACAUUACUAUAAUGCCAUAUAUUUACGGGGGACAUUGUUUCUACGAUUGUCACAUAGUUAUAACGGUGAUAGCAAAUGCGAACAUAAACAUGAUUGAAAUGGAAGCGAAAAAUAUGACGAUCAAAGGUGAAUCGAUACAGGUCAUGAAGGGGAAUCAUGAUAUAGUGAAUAAGCCAAGACCGUAUAGCUAUGAUGGGCACCGGGGGAAGUUGAUGAUAUAUUUGAGCGAGCCUUUAAUACCGUAUAAGGGCAACAAUCAGCAGUAUUACUUGAUUAAAAUGAAUUUCAUGAAAGAAGUGACAGAAGAUAGUGAAGGAGUGUUUUUAGUGAAAUACGACGAGGAUAGAGUAACGAAGUAUAUGAUCCAGACUCGGCUGUCUCCAGAUAAGGCGAAAUACUUCAUUCCGUGCUUCGACAACCCUCGCUUCGAGUCUGCCUUCAAAUUCACAGUCUACGUCGCCCCUGAAGACCGUCAUAUGCAGUAUACCAACACCAGUAUCGUCAUCUCCGAGCAACUGAAAAAACAACUAUUACCUGAUAAAAGAUUCAUAAUCAAUUACGUACCAUCGCCUCAAGUCACUUUAUCACAAGUGACCUUCCACCAAUCCCAAUUCCAAGGUAUAAAAACAUCAUCAAUAUACACCAACGAUGCGCUCAUAGUGUGGGCUCCGCGACACAAGCUGAAGAACUGCUACUAUAUCUUGGAUUUGGGGGAGAACAUACUGCAAUUUUUCAGGGACUACUCGAUGUUGAAUAGGUCUAUCACUACUGGGCCUAUUAAUAUUAUAGCAAUACCAAAGGACUUGGAUGGAUACGAAGUCGGUAGCUGGAACGUGCUAACAAACAAUGCGAUUCGCGUAAUCAACGAACCAGAGUUCAUCAGCAUUCAACAGAUUGAAAGAAUGAACUUCGAAUUGGCCCAGCAGUUGAGCAGAGUAUGGCUCGGUAACCCUGGAGAGCCGACGCGAACCAGGUGGAGGGAAGAAUGGUUCAAAGAAGGCAUUGCCACUUAUCUAGCUUAUUAUUAUUUGACUCAGUACCAUCAUGGCGAUGGUUACCAGAGCAUGAAGUUCAAACGGCCAUUAGACUACUACGGUCUUCAAAUGAAACACUCGGCGAUGUUAGUAGACUGGCAGCACGGUGCAGGCUUAAGAGCCUUACAAGACUUUGGGAAUGAGCCGGCAGCGAAUAUCUUCUGGAGAUGGAAGCAGCUGGUCACCAUGAAGACGGCGUCUAUACUGUGGAUGGUUGAGAACUGGAUAGGGUCGCAAAGGUUCCAUCAGGCGUUGGUGAAAUAUAUUAAUAACAAAAGGGGCUUGUACAUUUCCCUACAAGACUUUAUGACCAACCUAGACCAUGACACUGUGGAAUGUUUCCACCAAUUCUUCAACGGCUCAACCGCAUCCAAAGUCCUCAACUCCUGGUUCCGUCAUUCUGGAUACCCUGUGAUUUCUGUUGUAGUAUUGAGAGACAGAACUCCUAAUGCUAUACAACUAAAACAGAGUCGCUUCAGCUUCACCCACGAGCACCGAAGAGAGUCCGACUACCUCAUACCGAUCUCUUACUUCGUCCAGGACAUGUCAAAUUGCUACAACUGCUACCAGCCCAGAUUCACUAUUGGCAGGCAGACUUACACUUUCAGUGAGAACUUGAACAAUGGGUGGAUUAUUCUUAAUACAAAUGCUUCUGGGUAUUACCGCGUUAAUUAUGACAAAUACACAUGGAAACUCAUAGCAAAGACUUUGAAAGACGACCUAUUUAUGAUCAGUGAACUGAACAGAGCCCAGAUUGUCAAUGACGUAUUCGCUCUUUACGUAUCCGGGGAUAUGUCCCAGGACCUAGCAAUGAGAAUCCUGGACUUCUUAGACCAGGAACGGAGCCUGGUGGUGUGGGAAUCAGUGGCGUCAGGCUACGAGAUGUUCAAGAUAGAAGAUGCAGGAUGUAAGAUGACGAAAGUAAUUUAUUCGGAGUGGCAGAGAUUCCUUCGUCGGAAAAUAGUGACAAUAUACAAGAUUCUAACGAACAACAUAGAGCAACAGCCGCAGACUCGUCUCUUCAGAAGCAAGAUUUUAGAGCUUGCCUGUGCAGUCAAAUACCAAACAUGCCUGGACUAUGUCGACCUUCUUUACAAGCAAUGGAGGGCGAGGAACCAGAGAAUCGACCCCGACUCCCGAGUAGCUUGCUACUAUGCCACGUAUGAGGCGCAAAAGUCGACUCUCGAUGGGAACAAUUUUAACGCCUACGAAAUCGAGGACAAGAACACUGCUAUACACAUCGUUCGAAGAGAAAACCAUUUCAUAUACAAAAUCCCCAGAGGAGAGCCAAGGCCUGAAAAUUAUACCAUGACCACCCCGGACCCAAUUACUGUGUCUACCGAAAAAAGCGCGUUGACAGAUGCGCACAAGGGAUCCGCGGAGUCGCCUUUCGUUUCUUUUUAUUUAUUAUCGUUAUCUGUACUGGCUAUGUUGUUUAGUUGAAAUAUUUUUUGUUAAAACUUUAUUAUUUUGUAUUGUAACUGGUAAAAUAGGUACGGUACAUUAAAACACUUAAAUAAAAAACAAAUAUUAAUGUCUUGAUGUUCUGUAGAGAAAAGAGAAAGACUGAUCUCGUUUGUUUUGGAUUUAAUGACGGUUACUAUUUAUUUCUGCAAAAUACUUAUUACUUCUUGUUUCCACGUUGCUUUUUGUUUACGUUACAGUAUUUUUUUAUGAAAGUUACAUUCCCUUUCAUCACAUUUUAAAACUAAUAAUAGAUAUUUGAAUGAGAAUAAUGAUAUUGUUUUAUAGUUGUCAUAUUUAUUAUCUUACUGCCCUGUAUAUUCUAGUCAUAAUGUCAUUGAAUAUUAUAUUUUGACACAGUAAAUAAAAAAUGUAUUUAUUGUCUUAGUCUAAUUUAUUAUGUUUU